GAGGGAAAGAACUGGGAAGUUGACACUCAAAGACUUGAUGGGGUACUUCCAUCUUCCCAUAGAAGAAGCGGCCAGGGAAAUGAAAGUCUGCCCCACCGUUAUGAAGAAGAUCUCCCGCAAACAUGGUCUCAAACGCUGGCCGCACAGAAAGAUAAAAAGCAUUGAGAAGAAGAUCUCAACCCGAAGGCAAAGUUUGAAUGGGAAUGAUGCAGAAGAAAGGGCCCGUGCUCAAUGUGAUAUAGAGAGUUUUCAACAAGAACUUGCCGGUAUGUAUCGAAAGGCUGCGGACGCUGAAAUGUCAUGAUCUAUAUCCCUGGAAUGAAAAGAUCGAGUUUAUUCUAUCGCUUCCAAAUUAUAUUCUCCCCUCAUUUUUGUAGACAUGUACAGAAUCUAGUUUUCCUUUUUCUUUUUAUUAUUUUGUUGGCGGGAAGACUUGAAUUGUGCAAAGUAUAUAUGCUGUAGUAGGAAACAACUGAGACUUUUUCAGAGAAAAC